AAUCAAUUCGGAUAAAUUACACAACGUACCAUUAGACUUAAAUAAAACACCAGUACACAUUUCAUACUCUAUGGAAGCAAAUCUGAACUCGUCCACAGCGUCGGCAGGAGCAAGUGAUUUUAAUAAAAUCUUAUUACAACAAGUAAAGCAAAAUAUAGGAAAACCGCUCUCUAACACUGCAGAACUAGAAUCGAAACAGCAAAUUAUACUUGGCAGCACUGUAACAGUGAGCAGAUACGAUGAUAGAGCCACGACUCGAAAUGACUUUACUGUCGAAACAAUCGCAGGCAUCCAUAAUGGAUUUCAUGAUAAAAUUAAUUUAAGUAAUCAACAAAAUGAAUUAGUUGGUCAUAGUGCAAAAACAACAACAACAAUGCUGCCAAUCCCGUUGCUAGCUAGAGCAGCGACAAUUCCAAGAAGAAAUCUUGAAACUAUUAAAGUACACACAAGCAGCACAAAGACUUCAACUUCAUUGCCAGUGAAGCAUCAAUUCGCGGAGUCAACAUAUUAUGAACGUGUUGAACUGUUGGAAUCCAUGGCCCAGGAAAAGCGACAAAAAUUGUUAUUACAUCGCCAGAAGCGUUAUUUAAUCUUUCCCGAAGGCAGUUCGUUUCAAUUGGUAUUCGAUCUUAUCAUACCGAUAGUCGAUUAUACGAACUAUGCUAUUAUGGGUAUCACUUGCGCUGUAGCUUGGGAACUUCCAAGUAAACCACCUAGCGAAAUAGUCGAAAAUUUUCGGGAUAAGUUAAACGAUGGCACUUAUGGUCUAACACGACGCAACGAUACUCUACACAAUAACAUCAAGUACGUUGACAACACCAACAAUGAUUUUGCUGUAAAUUCCCCAGCAACAAUGAAAACUCAAAAUCUUUAUCAAAAUUCAUACACAAACCAAAAAUCAGUACCAACUCCCACAGACCCGUAUUACAAUUUCAAUAACAAUUAUAACAAUGGCAAUUCAAGUAGCACGGCUGUUCAGUUGGAAUCCAAUGCGUUGUAUGCAAAUCCUUACGAAACUACAAAAACGGCAGCCGUUAACCAGGCGCUGCAUCCUGCAACCUAUUCGACACACUACCAAGCAUACAAUGUCGGUGACAACUCUGCUAAAUACUCAUUCGAUAAGACUCAAAGUAAAACUUUAUACGGGAAUCGAGCAGAUACACCAACACACUCAAAAUAUUAUAAAACGACAAAUGGCGUCAGUGGCAUUUCCGGGUAUAAGUACGCAGAUAAGCAAAAAUUUACUGAUUGGCAUCGGCAAGGCAAUACUGCGAAAACAACGAACAAUGUUAUAUACGGGUAUAACCAGAGGCAGCAACAGCAAAAACACCAACAACAGCAACACCAGCAACAGCAACAACAACAAUCGCUGCAAUUGCAAUCUGCAGUAAACACAAAGUAUGAGCAAGGACAUCCGGGUUGGUCCAAGCAUAAUUGGUGGGAAACAAACAAGCAGCGUAUUGAAAGCGAUUGGCGUGAAAAGCAACACAAAUGGGCUAAAUACGAAUCAGUACAACCAGAAAAAUCAACCACUACCAAGUACAAUGCGCCUAUUUAUGCUCCGAUACGCACUGGCAGAAAUCGUAAAGUACUACAAAAUCCGCCCAAGCAUCGUAUUUAUCCUGUAUUCGGCAAAAAACGACGUCGACGACGAGCCCAAAGCCAAAGCUCGGGAGGAAGGGACAGAAAUUUGCUAGAUUUCGAGCUCAAAAUGGAGCGAAUUCAUUUGCAUGAGCAUGUACAAUCGCGUCAGAUAUUGUAUAGAAAAAUUGAAAAACUUUUCCAAGCACACGGUCACAAUGGCACCGCUUGUGUACUGCGGGCACUUUGCGAAACUGGGCAAAGGCACUUUCGCACUGAACCACAAACUUUUAUUAUGGAACUUUUACGAGCAAUUUUCGUAUUACCAAAGGAUAUGCCACCUGCAGUACAGGAACGUAUAACUGGAAAAAAUGUUAAAACAAAAACUAAAGUGAAGCCACACAUUGCGACGCACUACAGUAACGCAUACGGUACGCAGACCAAUUGUGGGGAACUUUUCACCAUGUGUGAACACAGCAUUUGGAGCGAUUUUGAAUUUAAAAUGUGAUAAUUAUUAU